AACGCUGCACAUCAGAACACUUCGUACAUAAACAAAUCACCUGGGGAAGAAUCGAGCCUCACAAUGAGGCGCAGAACGCAAAUACUUCCAACGCUGUUUUCUGUUGCCUGGGCAACUGCUUGUCCUGUCUAAAGGAAGGCAUGUUAUUUUUCAUGAGGCAGUUAGGGGGCAGUCGUGAGCCAUCCCACGCUCUUACCCUGCAAGGAAAUGUUUACUGAAUUGUCUGACUGGGACAGAACGACUGAUUAUAAUAAGAAUGGAGUGACCAAGAAUGGGACAUCUCCUGGAAGAGUACUGUCAUCUAGAUUAGUCUUUGGGGACGUUUGCAGCAAUGGAGAGAUCUGGCAAGAAGUACAGAAGUUGCUAGCACUUGCUGCACCAGCGUUUCUGUCGCAGCUGAUGAUCUUUAUGAUAAGUAUUGUGAGCUACAUCUUUUGUGGGCACUUGGGAAAAUUAGAACUGGAUGCAGUGUCGCUGGCUAUCACAGUUAUUAACAUUACAGGGGUAGCAGUUGGAACAGGGCUUGCUGGUGCAUGUGAUACACUAAUAUCACAGACAUAUGGAGGGCACAAUUUAAAGCUGAUAGGAAUCAUCCUGCAGAGGGGAAUCCUGAUCCUGCUGCUCUUCUGCUUCCCCUGCUGGGCUCUGCUUAUCAACACUGAAUCUAUUCUGCUUCUUUUCCACCAGGAUCCCGAAGUCUCCAGGUUAACCCAGAUAUAUGUCUUGAUAUUUCUGCCUGCACUUCCGGCAGCCUUUAUAUACCAACUACUGGCAAAAUAUCUCCAGAAUCAGGGAAUCAUUUUUCCUCAAGUAUUAACUGGAUUUAUAGCAAAUAUAUUCAAUGCUUUAAUAAACUACAUCCUGCUGUAUGUCCUGGGCCUAGGAGUGAAGGGAUCUGCCUGUGCCAACACCAUCUCACAGUUUAUACAGCUGAUUUUACUUUUCCUUUACAUUGUGUGGAGAAGACUCUACAUAAACACCUGGGGAGGUUGGUCCCAGGCUUGCUUUGAAGAGUGGGGGGCAUUUUUCCGGCUUGCAGUAGCCAGUAUGCUCAUGCUUUGUAUUGAAUGGUGGGCGUUUGAAAUCUCAGUGCUUCUGGCAGGAGUACUUGGCAUGGUUGAUCUUGGUGCCCAGGCCAUUAUAUACCAAGUUUCCACUGUUGUCUAUUUGAUGCCUCUAGGUCUAUGCAUUGCAGGCAGCAUCCGUGUAGGACAUGGGCUGGGGUCUGGGAACAUUGAACAAGCAAAGAGGUCAGCCCUUGUUGUACUAUGUAUGACAGAGAUGUGUGCAUUACUAUCAUGCAUUGUGCUUGCAACCCUGAAAGAUGUGGUUGCCUAUAUCUACACUACAGACAUGAACAUAGUGGCACUUGUCAGUUAUGUGCUUCCUGUAAAUUCGGCCUGUCUUCUCUUUGAUGGAUGUGUGGCUGCUUGUGGAGGAAUCCUGCGUGGUUCUGGGAAGCUGAAAGUUGGUGCCAUCUCUCACACUAUCGGAUAUUAUGUCAUUGGCCUUCCCCUUGGUCUGUCACUGAUGUUUGCUGCUAAGCUGGGCAUAAUCGGAUUCUGGAUUGGGAUUCUGCUGCGUGCGAUAGCCCAGGCCAUUUUCCUUAUUAUAUUUGUAUUUAGGAUUGACUGGAAGAAGGCAUCCGAGAAGGCACAGACACGGUCCAAGGUGAAAUCAAAGAUACCAAAGUUAGACAAUAAGCUGUCUGUUUAUCAAGAAGGCUGUCCUACAGAGCAAGAAGACAAUGACCUUGGCAAUAUGGAAUUGACAGAGUUAAAUACUGACUACCGAAACUCUGUCUCUCCAGAGAUCAUGUCACCUACUAUUGCUGCAGCCCCACAACAUCAACCUUUUUGCAUCCAUACACUCAUCCUCACUAGAAGCCUUGCUCUUGCUUGUGCAAUAGGGACAUUCAUUAUUGGCAUUGCAAUAAGAUUCACAGUCUGAACACAGUAUGCACAGGCACAAUACCGCACUCAGAACAUGUUUAUGGCAGAGAAUUCAUAGUUCAGCCCAAAGAAAUCUGCAGGCUUCCCAGUAUUGUGGUUUCCUUGGAACCAACCUGAUCUGUUAAGAUCCAAAAUGAACUCAGCUGGAAUGGAAAAACGUUAUAUUAACACUAAAAGGUGGGUAAUAACCCAAGUUACAAACAGAAAGUACAAAAGGGGGGUUGUGGGAGCACUUUUUUUCUGCUACUAUGCAGAGGCACAAUACCUUUUAUACUAUGACCAAAGGUAAAUAAGUUAGGGACCACCAUCUGGGGCAGGGGUGUCCAAACUUUUCUCAAC